CCAUCCACCAAUUCAUUCACUGCCGUCUUUUUUACCCACUUUCUCUUAAUCUCCUCGCUCAAUUUUCCCGGGAAAAUGAAGGAAUCCGUGGGAAACCCUUUGCAUCUUAAGUCUUUGAACCAUGUGUCACUCGUUUGUCGAUCGGUUGAAGAGUCCAUUGAUUUCUACCAAAAUGUUCUCGGUUUUGUCCCCAUAAGGCGGCCUGGUUCUUUCGACUUUGAUGGCGCAUGGCUGUUUGGCUACGGAAUUGGGAUUCACUUGUUGCAGUCAGAGGAUCCUGAGAGUUUGCCGAAGAAAAGUGAGAUUAAUCCCAAGGAUAAUCAUAUCUCUUUCCAGGUGCAGUGUGAGAGCAUGGGGGCAGUAGAGAAAAAGCUGAAGGAAAUGGGGAUUAAGUACGUAAGGGCAAUGGUGCAGGAAGGUGGGAUCGAUGUAGAACAGAUGUUUUUCCAUGAUCCAGAUGGGUUCAUGAUCGAAAUAUGCGACUGCGAUAAUCUCCCGGUGAUUCCGCUUGCCGGCAAGAUGGCUCGCUCGUGCCCCGGGGUGAACCUCCAAGUAAUGCAGCAGCCACAGCCGCUACGAGUGGUGCAGCAGUGAUGUACAUAUAAAAUCAUAAAGAGGAGUAAUAUCUCUGUGUUUUCUUUAUAAAUAUUACCAUGUCGUAUUUUUAUUAUGCAAGUAUGUGUGAGAAGACAUCAAGGCCGUUGGGUCGUCAAUAAUAAAUAUAAUUUGGUUUUUUAUCUAUUA